AUGAGAUCAACAUUCGCGUCUCUCCUUCUGGCCCUCGCGGCAAGGAACGUGGCCGCACACGCCACGUUCCAGCAGCUGUGGGUGAAUGGUGUCGACUUCGGGGCGCAGUGCGCGCGCCUGCCGCUCAGCAACUCGCCCGUCACAGACGUUUCCUCGACGCAGAUGCGCUGCAACUCCAACUCGGGCGCCGUCAGCCGCAAGUGCCCCGUGCCGGCGGGCGGCACCGUCACGGUCGAGAUGCACCAGCAGAACGGCGAUAGGUCCUGCUCCAACGAGGCCAUCGGCGGCGCCCACUACGGCCCCGUCGCCGUCUACCUCAGCAAGGUGGCCGACGCGUCCAAGGCCGACGGCUCGGCCGGAUGGUUCAAGAUUUUUGAGGACGGCUGGAGCAAGAAGUCGAGCAGCUCGUCGGGCGACGACGACUACUGGGGGACCAAGGACCUGAACACCUGCUGCGGCAAGAUGAACGUCCCGAUCCCGUCCUCCAUCGCGCCGGGCGACUACCUCCUCCGGGCCGAGGCGCUCGCGCUGCACGCGGCGCAGAGCCCCGGCGGCGGCCAGUUCUACAUGACGUGCUUCCAGAUCACCAUCACCGGCACGGGAGGCUCGGCCAGCCCGCCGACGGUGCAGAUCCCGGGCUUCAUCGGCGCCUCCCACCCGGGCGUCGCCGUCAACAUCCACACCUCCAUGUCGUCCUACUCCUCCCCGGGCCCGGCCGUCUGGUCCGGAGGCUCGACCAAGAAGGCCGGCAGCGCCUGCACCGGCUGCGAGAGCACCUGCAAGGCAGGCUCCGGCCCCUCGGGUACAGCCCCCGGUACCCCAGCCCCGACGGGCGGGAACGGAGGAGGCGGUGGGGGUAGUGGCGGCGACGGCGGUACAGGCUGCACGGUUGCCAAGUACGGGCAGUGUGGUGGCCAAGGGUACACGGGGUGCACCAACUGCCAGUCUGGGUCGAGUUGCAUAGGCGUCUCUGCCCCGUACUACUACCAAUGCGCCUGA